ACGCGGGAAAACCGGAAGUCAUGUGUUUGCUGUCAAUGCCUAUGAGAGAGCGAACCCACUGAGAGCUAAAAGCCCGCAUUUAAGACAAGAUGGCAGGACUGCCCCGCAGGAUCAUUAAGGAAACUCAGCGCUUGCUUGCAGAACCGGUUCCUGGCAUCAAGGCGGAACCAGACGAAGGAAACGCCCGCUACUUUCACGUCGUCAUUGCUGGACCUCAAGACUCACCGUUCGAGGGUGGCACGUUUAAACUUGAACUCUUUUUACCAGAAGAAUAUCCCAUGGCAGCUCCUAAAGUGCGUUUUAUGACCAAAAUAUAUCAUCCCAAUGUGGAUAAGUUGGGAAGAAUAUGUCUGGACAUUUUGAAAGAUAAAUGGUCGCCAGCUCUGCAGAUUCGUACAGUGCUGUUAUCCAUCCAGGCUUUACUAAGUGCUCCCAAUCCCGACGAUCCACUAGCGAACGAUGUUGCAGAGAAGUGGAAGUCCAAUGAAGCUGAAGCCAUAGAAACAGCAAAGACAUGGACCAGGCUUUAUGCUGGAAACAAAAAUGAGAUUUAAAGCAGCCCAACAGGUGGAGACUGAAGCGGACAUCGACUCUUGUGCUGCCAAGAUCUCCUCCAGCUUCAUUUGCAUUUAAAGGACACAGCCUCUUAUUUUUUAUAUAUAUAUGUAUAUGAAAACUGCUGAUAUCUGGUGAUUUCAGUGCACAUUAGUGUGACUCGUCUUCGUCCUAACUCACUACUACUCAAAUGCAUGGGCAGAGGUUUAGAUCUACUCACCUUGCUUUUCUUUGUCUGACUGGGGAGAUGGAGGAACGAACUACCGAGUGAAAGGCUGAAUGUGGAAUAUGACAUAUGUAAAUCUUUUUAUGUUUUAACUUUGUUUUCUGUGUUUUGUUUAUUUAAAGCUACUAAGUGCUACCAGCCUGUGGUAUGUGGUCCCUCACCCUGAGGGUUUUAGCCUGUGUGCACCUCCCUGCAGGAAACAAUCAUCGCGCCAAUCCUUCACACCUGGAUUGAACAGAGGAACUAAAAACCCAAACUGAGCCAACCGUUCUUUUAACAACCUCUCUCCAUCUCAGCUUGACGUCCCGUAGGGCCUCAGGAUGAGAGAGUGGGAUAAACACGAUGGCCGACGUGAGCCUUUCUUUACUUCUCAUCCAUGUUGUGUCAUUAGAUUUUAAAUGUGAAUUCUCCGUGCUCCUGCUGUACUAACUAUUGUCGCUUCUUUCUCCGAUAUGCCACCUAAGUCUACAAGACUCCGUUUUACUUGCUCCAAAUGGGAUUUGGUUCUUAAGGGAGCAGCUGUGUUAGAGCCAGCAGUUGUCUGGUGCUGAGAUGAAUUGGGGGUGUUUGAAGAGACACUGAGUUGUUGAGGAACCAAACAAACAACAGAUCAGCUAAAUAUUCAACUUGGAGCAGAAGUGAUUGGUCUUUAUUUUGUUCUCUCUGUAAAUUAUGUCUUUAUAAAUCUGAGGAGAUGUUUUCUUGCUCAGAAUGCUACGAAACAGUUCACCUGCAUACUUUUAUGUUCUGUAAAUAAAUUCUGAUGAUGAAUAAAUACGUGUUUGACUCUUGAA